AGUAUAGCAUAACAUGCAACACCUCAUACAACCCCCCAAAGCCCUUCCUUGGAGGUGUUGAAGAUGGACAUCUUGAGGUUCUUAGUCUACCAUUGGAUGCCGAAAUCAUGAUCGAAGGCCGUCAAUCUUACGCUUCUUAUUGCUCGACUUCGAGCGGAUCCAACAAUACUUCUUUCAGUUUCAAUGUAAGUCCAUUCAGGUUCUCUGCCAAUCGCAGUAGAUUUACUGCUAUAGGAUGCAAUACUUUGGCCACCAUAAGUGAGCUUCAGGAGUUGGCUUUUGUCAGUGGGUGCCUGUCAUUCUGUACUAAUGGGACGAGUGUGGAAGAUGGAUCUUGCGAUGGUAUGGGCUGUUGCCAGAACAAUAUCCCCAAAGGGCUUCAGAGGUUCAAUGCGGGUCUCUCAAAUGCUGUUAGCCUUAAUGGGUCUUGGGGUAACAGUAGCUGUAGCUUUGCAUUCUUGGCUGCUGUGGACUCCUUCAGCUUUAAAAUGUCAGAUGUCUACCGAAACAGCCUAGAUAGGACGAGUAUUCCAGUGGCUGUGGAUUGGGCUAUUGGGAAUUUAACGUGUGAUGAAGCUGCCUCUGUAGAUCCAACUAAGUAUUAUAGUUGUGGACCUCAUACCAAAUGCUCUAACUCCACUAAUGGCCCUGGUUAUCGAUGCUACUGCAAGGAUGGCUUUGAGGGGAACCCUUAUCUCUCCACAGGAUGCCAAGACAUAGAUGAAUGCAAGGAAGGAUACAACAAUUCCUGUGUCAUGGAAGCAAUGUGUCAUAACACCUUUGGGAGUUAUGAGUGCAUAUGUCCAAAGAACCACCACGGUGAUGGUCUUGAAAAUAGAGAAGGUUGUAUGCACAAUACUGGAGCUGUUCCAUUGGUGGCCAUUAUUGCAGGUACUGGGCUAGGCAUUAUAUUCCUAUUUGCUUGCAUCUUUUUGGUAUACUGGGCAAUAAAGAGAAGGAGGCUUAUCAGACUCAGAGAAAAAUUCUUUGAGCAAAAUGGAGGUUUGCUACUACGACAACACAUAGCCACACAUAAAGGUGUUGCAGAUAUUGCAAAGAUCUUUUCCGUAGAUGACAUUAAGAAGGCAACCAACAAUUUUGAUGAGAGCCAAAUUCUUGGUCAAGGAGGGUAUGGUACAGUGUACAAAGGAAUUCUCUCAGAUCAGAGAGUAGUAGCUAUUAAGAAAUCAAAAAUAGUGGAUCAGAGCCAGAUCAUACAGUUUAUAAAUGAAGUUGAUAUUCUUUCUCAAAUCAACCACAGAAAUGUGGUAAAGCUCUUGGGUUGUUGUUUAGAGACAGAGGUUCCAUUGUUGGUUUAUGAGUUCAUCUCUAGUGGAACCCUCUAUGAACAUAUCCAUGAAGAGAAUCAUGCAACUUCUAUUUCUUGGAAGGAUCGUUUAAGGGUUGGUGCUGAAACUGCUGGAGCACUUGCCUAUUUACACUCAGCUCAUUCAAUACCAGUUCUUCAUAGAGAUGUGAAGUCCACUAAUAUACUACUUGAUGAUAACUACACUGCUAAAGUAUCUGAUUUUGGAGCUUCUAGGUUGGCUCCUAUGGAUCGAAUUCAAAUGACCACAUUAGUUCAAGGGACAUAUGGGUAUCUAGACCCAGAAGGAUUUUUCACCGGUCAACUAACUGAUAAAAGUGAUGUUUAUAGCUUUGGUGUAGUUCUUGCAGAACUUUUAACAGGAGAAAAUCCAAUUUCAUCAGAGAGAGCUGAGGAACAUAGAAGUCUAGCAAUGUAUUUUAUUUCUUCAAUGGCAAAUAACAACCUAUUCGGGAUUCUAGAUGACAAGGUUGUUAAAGAGGGAAAUAGAGAGCAGCUCUUGGGAGUUGCUAAUCUUGUGAUGAAAUGCUUGAAGGCUAAGGGGGAGGAGAGGCCCACAAUGAAGGAGGUUGCAGCAGAGCUUGAAGCUUUGAGAAUGUCUCCACAGCACCAAUGGAAGCAAGUAAACCACAUGGAGACUGAUUACCUUCUAGGUGAGCCUUCAGCCCUUCUUGUUGGUGAUUCAGGUGGCCAAGAAAGUGUGGAAAGCAGCUUCAUGUUGGGUCUACAAAUCGCUCGAUGAUCAUCAAGGCUUAGGUUGGGAUUUUCUAGUCUGUGGGCCAAGCUAGGCCACAAAAAUAUAGGCCUGAGGUGGGGCCAUACCAGGCUUUAGGUUAGGUCUAGCCCUACUCUCCAGCUCCCCCAUCCCACGGGAAAAAGCGUGCAUGUAUGUAGGAUAGUUUGAUGUAUUAAGUGGAGGAAUAUGCAUAUAUUGAUUAAAAAUAAAUGUGAUAUUUUGUGUAAA